UCGGUGAUCUUUUCGAUUGCCAGGCACGGUUGAUUUUCACCCCCUUGGUCCCCCAAACUACAAAAGACUCGCUUUGUAAACAAAUCAGUGUUAUUGGAGGUGGGUUUUUUUGGGGGGCAAUUCUUGUUGAUAAGAGAAAGUGCUUAAAAACAAAUCACCCCGAUCUUUAUUAGUUAUUUUUCCUAUUCGCAUUAACUAUGUGAAAUUUUACUGAGGUGGAAAUAGUAACGGAUUUUUGCUUUUCGGUGUAUCUGACGCUUCUUCAAGCACUGUGUUGUAAUUUUUAAAAAAGGCUUCCCCGCUUUUUCUUUUUCUUUCCCUUUCUCUUUUUUCUUUUGGAGGUUGGGGGUGGGGGGCGAAGGCUGGGAAAGUUUGGUGUUAGCCACCGUGCCGAGUGCGGAGCCCCGGGUAGCAGCGAGCCCCGCGCGCGAGCGCGAGCAGGAGCCGGAGUGAGGAGCGGAGCGCGGAGCGAGGGCGAGAGGGAGGCCGAGCGGAGGGCGCGAGGCGCCGCGGCGCGAGGGGCGCGCGGCCACGAGGAAGUGUAGUUUCUUACAGGGCUGAAUUGAAACAACUUCAGCUGUUUGCUUUUAGGAUGUCUCGCCGCAAGCAAGCGAAACCGAGAUCCCUCAAAGACCCCAGCUGUAAACUUGAAGACAAGACUGAGGAUGGAGAAGCCAUAGACUGCAAGAAGAGGCCAGAAGACGGCGAGGAGUUGGAGGACGAAGCUGUGCACAGCUGUGACAGCUGCCUCCAGGUGUUUGAGUCACUGAGCGACAUCACAGAGCACAAGAUCCAUCAAUGCCAGCUGACAGAUGGAGCUGAUGUCGAGGACGACCCCACCUGCUCUUGGCCAGCCUCCUCACCUUCCAGUAAGGACCAGACGUCCCCCAGCCAUGGAGAAGGCUGCGAUUUUGGAGAGGAAGAAGGUGGCCCUGGAUUGCCGUACCCGUGCCAGUUCUGUGACAAGUCGUUUAGCCGCCUCAGCUACCUAAAGCACCAUGAGCAGAGCCACAGUGACAAGCUGCCCUUCAAAUGCACCUACUGCAGUCGGCUGUUCAAACACAAGCGGAGCCGCGACCGCCACAUAAAGCUCCACACAGGGGACAAGAAGUACCACUGCAGCGAAUGCGACGCGGCCUUUUCUCGCAGUGAUCAUCUGAAAAUUCAUCUAAAGACUCACACAUCCAACAAGCCAUAUAAAUGUGCUAUUUGUCGGCGCGGGUUUCUGUCCUCUAGUUCCUUGCACGGACAUAUGCAGGUUCAUGAGCGGAACAAGGACGGCUCCCAGUCUGGUUCCAGGAUGGAGGACUGGAAGAUGAAGGACACCCAGAAGUGCAGCCAGUGUGAGGAGGGCUUUGAUUUCCCAGAGGACUUGCAGAAGCACAUUGCAGAGUGCCACCCCGAGUGCUCCCCAAAUGAGGACCGAGCAGCCCUCCAGUGCAUGUACUGCCACGAGCUGUUUGUGGAGGAGGCCUCCCUCAUGAACCACGUAGAGCAGGCCCAUGCAAGCGAAAAGAAGAACUCAUGCAGCGUCUGCUCAGAGAGCUUCCUCACUGUCGAGGAGCUCUACAGCCACGUGGACAGUCACCAGCAGCCAGAGUCCUGUAACCCCAGCAACAGCCCAUCUCUGGUCACUGUGGGGUAUACCUCUGUGUCUAGCACGACUCCGGAUUCCAACCUCUCAGUGGACAGCUCAACCAUGGUGGAGGCCGCUCCACCCAUUCCAAAGAGCCGAGGGAGGAAGCGAGCUGCACAGCAGACCUCGGACAUGACCGGUCCCUCUAGCAAACAAGCGAAAGUCACCUACAGCUGUAUUUACUGCAACAAGCAGUUAUUUUCGAGUCUUGCAGUUCUGCAGAUUCACUUGAAAACUAUGCAUUUAGAUAAGCCAGAACAGGCCCAUAUCUGCCAGUAUUGCUUGGAGGUCUUGCCCUCACUCUAUAACCUAAAUGAACAUAUUAAGCAAGUGCAUGAAGCUCAGGACCCAGGCCUGAUUGUUUCAGCCAUGCCUGCCAUCGUUUACCAGUGCAACUUCUGCUCUGAAGUUGUCAAUGACCUCAACACCCUUCAGGAGCACAUCCGAUGCUCUCACGGGUUUGCCAAUCCUGCAGCCAAGGACAGCAAUGCGUUCUUCUGUCCCCAUUGUUACAUGGGAUUUCUCACUGACUCUUCCCUCGAAGAGCAUAUAAGACAGGUCCAUUGUGACCUCAGUGGCUCCCGGUUUGGGUCUCCUGUGCUUGGGACUCCAAAAGAACCCGUAGUUGAAGUCUAUUCCUGUUCCUAUUGUACGAAUUCGCCAAUAUUCAACAGUGUUCUUAAACUGAAUAAGCAUAUUAAAGAGAAUCAUAAAAACAUUCCCUUGGCCCUGAAUUAUAUUCACAAUGGGAAGAAAUCCCGGGCCUUGAGCCCCUUGUCUCCUGUGGCCAUAGAGCAGACAUCCCUUAAGAUGAUGCAGGCAGUGGGAGGCGGCCCUGCCCGCUCUGCUGGAGAAUAUAUCUGUAAUCAGUGUGGUGCUAAGUACACAUCCCUAGACAGCUUUCAGACUCACCUCAAAACCCAUCUGGACACUGUGCUGCCAAAACUGACCUGCCCUCAGUGUAACAAAGAGUUCCCCAACCAAGAGUCCUUGCUGAAGCACGUGACUAUCCACUUCAUGAUCACCUCAACCUACUACAUCUGUGAGAGCUGUGACAAGCAGUUCACCUCGGUGGAUGACCUGCAGAAGCACCUGCUGGACAUGCACACGUUUGUCUUCUUCCGCUGCACUCUCUGUCAAGAAGUGUUCGACUCCAAGGUCUCCAUCCAGCUGCACUUGGCCGUAAAACACAGCAAUGAGAAGAAGGUCUACCGCUGCACAUCCUGCAACUGGGACUUCCGCAACGAGACGGACCUGCAGCUGCACGUGAAGCACAACCACUUGGAGAACCAAGGCAAGGUGCACAAGUGCAUCUUCUGUGGCGAGUCCUUUGGCACGGAGGUGGAGCUCCAGUGCCACAUCACCACGCACAGCAAGAAAUACAACUGCAGGUUCUGCAGCAAGGCCUUCCACGCCGUCAUCCUGCUGGAGAAGCACCUGCGGGAGAAGCACUGUGUGUUUGAAACCAAGACCCCCAACUGUGGCACAAAUGGGGCCUCAGAGCAAGUGCAGAAGGAGGAGGCGGAGCUGCAGACCCUACUCACCAACAGUCAGGAGUCCCAUAACAGUCACGAUGGCAGCGAGGAGGACGUGGACAGCUCUGAGCCCAUGUAUGGCUGCGACAUCUGCGGGGCGGCCUACACCAUGGAGACUCUGCUGCAGAACCACCAGCUCCGGGACCACAACAUCAGACCCGGAGAGAGUGCCAUCGUGAAGAAGAAAGCAGAGCUCAUUAAAGGGAAUUACAAGUGCAACGUGUGCUCGCGAACCUUCUUCUCCGAAAAUGGGCUCCGUGAACAUAUGCAGACCCACCUAGGCCCUGUCAAACACUACAUGUGCCCUAUCUGUGGCGAGCGCUUCCCCUCCCUUUUGACUCUCACUGAACACAAAGUCACACACAGCAAGAGCCUGGAUACUGGAAACUGUCGCAUUUGCAAGAUGCCCCUACAGAGCGAAGAGGAGUUUUUAGAGCACUGCCAGAUGCACCCCGACCUGAGGAAUUCCCUGACUGGGUUUCGCUGUGUGGUGUGCAUGCAGACUGUCACCUCUACUUUGGAACUCAAAAUCCACGGGACCUUCCACAUGCAGAAGACAGGGAAUGGGUCCACCGUGCAGACCACUGGGCGUGGCCAGCACGUCCAGAAACUGUACAAGUGCGCAUCUUGCCUCAAAGAGUUCCGUUCCAAGCAAGAUUUGGUGAAACUUGAUAUCAAUGGCUUGCCAUAUGGUCUGUGUGCCGGCUGUGUGAAUCUUAGUAAGAGCAGUAGCCCGGGCCUCAGUCUCCCUUCUGGCACCGGCAGACCGGGCUUGGGCCAGAAUGAGAAUCUAUGUGCCCUGGAGGGCAAAGGCAAGGUGGGGGGACUGAAGACGCGCUGUUCAAGUUGCAAUGUCAAGUUUGAGUCUGAAAGCGAACUCCAGAACCACAUCCAGACAGUGCACCGGGAACUCGUGCCAGACGGCAACAGCACACAGUUGAAAACGCCCCAAGUGUCGCCCAUGCCCAGAAUCAGCCCCUCCCAGUCCGAUGAGAAGACGUACCAGUGCAUCAAGUGUCAGAUGGUCUUCUACAACGAGUGGGACAUCCAGGUCCAUGUGGCGAACCACAUGAUUGAUGAAGGACUGAAUCAUGAGUGCAAACUCUGCAGCCAGACCUUCGACUCCCCUGCCAAACUUCAGUGCCACCUGAUAGAGCACAGCUUCGAAGGGAUGGGAGGCACCUUCAAGUGCCCUGUCUGUUUCACAGUGUUUGUCCAGGCCAACAAGUUGCAGCAGCAUAUAUUCUCUGCCCAUGGACAAGAGGACAAGAUCUAUGACUGCACGCAGUGUCCACAGAAGUUUUUCUUCCAGACAGAGCUGCAGAAUCAUACGAUGACCCAACACAGCAGUUAGUUCAAGUACAGCCUCUCAAGGAGAAGGACUUUUGCGGCACAAAAAGGGAACAUGUUUUACUCUUUGCACGAAACUUACAUUGUUAAUGUAUAUUCUUCAGAAGCAUUGUAUUGUAUCAUACAACUUGUAUUAUCAAACUGUUGGAUGUUCAUGUGUUGGAACUUCUGAGCACCAGAUAGACUCCUUGUAUAUAAAGUGUUGCACAUGUAAUUAUGUCGUCGAUGCUAAAAUGGUCUUAUAAAGACAAGUGGACUUGGGCCCUAUUCAGACAAGAUUUUCAAAGUGAACAAAAUGGCUUAAGAGAUAAUGUUUCAAGGAAGACAAAACUUAAAAGAACUGUUAUCAUGUGACUCUGGCUGGACUUCCUUUUACUUACGCUUAAGCCUCGAAUUUCUCUUUUGGUAUAUCAACGGUAAAAACCCAAGACUUUUUUAUUGCUGGAGAUUCUCGUGAACCAUGAAGAGACAUUCUCACAGAACAGAACCCCACAUCUGGAUACGGCCCAUAUAUAUAUUUGUAAGCCUUGCAGUGUGACAGGUAGCCUCGCCAUAUAUGCAAUAGUUGUUACGUAGACUGUCAAAGUUUUGUUUUUCGUUAUUUUUUUUUGUUGUUGUUCCUGGCUACAUUUGAAGCUUUGAGUGUUAAAGAUUUUCCUUAAUGAUUUCACCCAGCCAAAUUCUUGAAUCGGUUGAACUAACCUGUAUGUUACUGUUCUCAAUGUUUACUCUGCGGUCUGAACCUGGAGAUUACUGGAAUUGUUUUCCAAGAGGAAAU